GGAGCAGGAUUGGUUCGGCCGGAAUGCAGUGUCAGUUGUUCCUCCGUUGGCCGAGCACACAGACGGCUGCCCGUACCGCGUGUCUGAACGCACGAUCGAUGCGUUGAUGGUUUGCGGGAUCUUUCCACGCGGCUGGGAGACGACCCCGGGGUCACGACGUCACCGAACACCAGAAGGGGGCGGUUAAGUGGCUUCCUGCUAGCGCAUCGCAGAGAUUGGUCAAUUGACCAGCGACAGUUGCUCUCGGGUGUCCCGGGCCCGGAUAAAACCAAGACGAUCGAUGCUGCCCGUCAGUUAUGUCGCGACUAGCGCCGAGUUCGGAGUGAUCGCCAGCGGAAAAGCAAACUAGUGAAGUGUGUCCAUCGGCAAGAUGAUUUGAUAUCGGUCGAGCUGUUGGUGUGUUUUACCGUGUUUAAACAUUUUCAUUCAGUGCUCUAAUUUCGUGAUACACAAGCUUCGGUGAACAGUGAGCGUGUGGGCAAGUGUGCAACACUCUAUCGGUUAGGAUGGGCAUCAUCACUCCAUCCAAUCGGCGACUUCCGGUGCUGGUAGCAGUGUGGGCGCUGCUCAUCGGACGCAGCGAUGCGUUCGACAUCUUUCCUCCCAACUACGACAUCCGGUACCGGCUGGAAACGGACGUGACGCUCGUGCCGGAUGUACACGCGACCGACAACUACAUGUGGUAUCUGAACGGGUACCUGCGGGUGCAUCGUUACGAUGCGAAAAACCUCGCCGCUCAGAUCGAGCUCGAUCGCCAUCACAUCCCGGUGCAGAGUGAGGGCGAUGUGUCUGCGCUGCUGGAACCGUUCCGCGUAGCGAUCGCCAACGAUACGAUCCUAAGCAUCCAGUUCAAGCUGCACGAACCGAUCUGGUCGGCGAACAUUAAGCGUGCGCUGGCGUCGCUGCUGCAGGCGCACGGUGACGGGCCCGGUGCGUACGUCGUCGACGAGCAGGGAAUCUUCGGCAGCUGUCCGACCGAGUACUUUGUCGUGAACAAAUCGAACGUGUUCGAGAUCUCCAAAACGUACGGCAUGGACCGGUGCACGAUCUAUCGCGGGGCGAUCUACCUCACGCGCAGCAACAUCCCGCAGAACCACUGCAUCCCGAACAAGCAACCGCAGGCGAUCACGUCCCGCAUCGCCAACUACAAGCUGCGCAAGCUCGAGUCCUACCGCUACAUGCUGACCGAUCUGGACGGUACGAUGCGCACCAACAUUCGUACGCUGGAGUCUUACUACCCGCAGUUCCUUUACUCGCGCGUCGUGUUGCGCUACGAAAGCCACCAGGUGCUGGACGAUACGCCCGGCCGGCCGGUGGUGGACAUCGUCAACGGCAUGGCGCUGCUGUUCAGCCCGAUCCUGUUCGACAGUCCCGAUCUGGAGGCGACGGGCGGACGUAGCCCCAAGUCGAGGGAGAAGCUUAUCAAGCGCACCGCCAGCCUGCUGAACGCGAUGGCCGACAAUCUGGAAACGGUGGACAACAAGCUGAAGGAACCGUACGACGAGACGGUGUCGGAAAUCAUCCGCCUGAUGGGCACGAUGGAGCUGGACACGCUGAAGCAGCUGUACGAGGAGAUCGAUCUCGGCACGUCGUACCGGCAGGAAACGGCACGGAACAUCUUCCUCGAGAUUGUACCGCGCACCGGCACGACCUCCACGAUACUGCUGACGCGCGAUCUGAUCAUGAACAAGCAGGUGAACCCGAUGACCGCCGUGCAGCUGCUGAUUUCGCUCCCAUUCUACAUGGCCGAACCGUCGCAGGAGUUGGUGAAGGAGUGUGAAGUUUUCCUGGAAGUGGGUGCCGAUCGGCCGGACAUUAAGCAUGCGGCCGUGCUGAGUUACGCCACCAUGAUCUACAACACGUUUGUGGCGGGCAAGUUGACGGCGGACACGUUCGAGAAGUACGUCAAGAUGUACUUCGAUCUGUUCCUGAACAGCUUCGAGUACGAGCAGCAGAUGCUCUACCUGCAAGGGUUGGGCAAUCUGCAGCUGGAAAAUGUGGCCGAGUAUUUGGAUCCGAUCAUUCGGGCAGAUUACCCACAAAACACCGACAUACGCUUUCUCGCUAUGUUGGCUUUGCUGCCGACGGCACACCUGCGUCCGAAUCAGGUCUACGAGACGUACUGGCCGAUCUUCCACUCGCGCACUAGCCCGUUGCAGCUGCGUGUGGCCGCGUUCACGAUGCUCCUGUUCUCGAACCCGACCCCCGGCCGGUUGCUAGGGCUGUACAGCGUGAUCAAGACCGAGAACGAUCCACACAUGAUCAACUUUUAUCGCACCACGGUGCUCAGCAUCUCCGAGACGACCUACCCAUGCUACCAACAUCUCAAGUUGCUGCUCGCGUACAUGACACGCCAACUGCCUGAUGCACCGGCGCCGAAAUAUUGGGUCACGGGCAACUAUCUGUUUGACUAUCGCGACCGCAAGUUCCACAUCGGUUCCAUGCUGCAGACGAUGCUGAUCGGAAGCCACCAAACGGACCUACCCAUGAUCGCUUCGCUCAAGUUCGACACGGAGGCUCUCGGCAGGUUUACGGGCCAACUAGGGCUGUACAUUAAGGCACGCGGGCUGAGUGACGCCGUCAUCAAUCGGCUGACCACCUUCAACUCUAGCCAUCUGCGGCUGGACCGGCUGAGCAGCAUUCUGAAAUCGAUGAAACUGUCCACCAUCAGCCCGACGCCCUUACACUUUGAGUUCAUCGUCCAGUUCGAGGGCAAAGCGGUGCUGUGCUACCAUCUGAAUCAAACGACGUUCCACAAUCUAACCGACGGAAACAUUAUCAAUCGGAUCAAUCUGCUCCGGGACAGCCACGUCAAUAUGCAGAUCGUACGGCGCCCGUUCAUGAUCAAGUACGCGCUGCCGACGCUGCUCGGAACGCCGGCGGACAUUCUGAUCGAGAACACCGUGCUGGCGACGGUACGGGGCAACACGACGCAGCAGAUGAUGCUGAUGGACAAGGUGGCACGCAGCAAUCAGGUGGACAUCCGGUACUCUUCCUACGCGGUGGUAAAGAUUCGCAGCUACAACCCCAUCAACGACGUGGAGUACUCGACCAUACGCGAGCAGGGCUUUCUGGUGUACAUACCGGUCAACAACGAGAUCGUGUGGGACAUUGCGGGCAAAUCGAUAAGCUACAGCUUCUACCGACCGGAAAACAUGACCAGCGGCAUCUCGCUCAAGAGUCGCACGCGCAACACCCCGGCCAAUGGUGGUGGUUCGGGCGCGGCGGAAACGCUCGAACCGAAGGAGGAAGAUAUCGCCAAGUACGGCUACCGGAUAGACGAUCUAGGCAUUCAGCUACUGGCAAGAGUGCACCAAGACUACACCAAGGACAAUGUGAUGUUCAUGCUCGAAACGGACAUCCUGGACAAUGCGAAGGUCCUCACGAAGGCACCAUUCUCGCUCGUCAACAACCUGCUGCGCAUCGUCAGCCUGAUACAGCUGAACACGAUACACAUCGGGCGGGACAAGCACCUGACGCUGCUGAUCGCAAACGAUCAGAAAACGCUCCUGCAGGGUACGCUCAAAUGGGACACGCAAAACUACUCCAAGCAACCGGCCGUACCGGAAAAUGAGGUGCUGCGGGUAAACCUGAUUCUGGCCCACACGAUCCCGAAACCGGAAGGCAGCCGCGAUGAGGUGAAGGUACUGCACAAGUGGGACAUCGUCUCGCAGUACACCAACUUCAAGUGUGACCGGGCGGCACGGGUGUUCUUCUCGCUGACGCGCCACGAAUGGAACAGCUCCAACUGGAAGAUGUGCUUUUCGGCCGAUUACCGCCCACUGGUGUUUCUGCAACGUCCCUUCCAGCUCACCGGUGAGGUGGUGUUCGGUGAGACGAAGGUGCCGAAACAGUGUCCCAAGGAGCCGCGGAUUGCAUUCAACGUGUCCUACCAUCUGCCGGACUAUGUGGAACGGAUUUACCGCGCGCUUGACACGAAGGAUCGUAGCUGCCCGAAGGAGAUACUGCGACUUACACCACCGCCAUUUUCCGGCGAAUGUCGCCCAGCACGGUUUAGUCCACUGACGACGGUAACCGGGCUGGAUGCAAACUUCCGCUUCACCAAGCUUCCGUCCUGGAUCGACAUGUUGCUGCACCGUUUGGAUCACGCCGUUUCGGCCGUGGUGCCCGGCCGCGUGCACACACUCAACAUGACCGACCAUAUCGAUGUACAAGCACGCGUGCUACAGUGGUCCAACGAUACGGAGAUACAGAUCAACGGUGGCACCAUUUGGUUCCCGUCGCGGUUCUACCACAAUGUCAAGAUGCAACAUUCCUACACCUCGCGCAUCGAGUACGGGUUUCUGAGUGUUUGCAGCUUAAUCUAUAACAAGCUAACCACGUUCAACGACCGCAUCCUGCAGUUGACGGACGAGGUCCGGGACGAGUAUCGGGUGCGGGACAGCUUUCUGCUCACCGCCGAUUGCUCGCUCACACCCAAGAUGGCCAUCUUCGUGCUGGAAGACCAGAAGGGCGUACAGAUCUACACCGGUGGAAACUAUUUGAUCUACGAACCGGGCAACAACAGUAAUGGCAGCAGCAGCUCGUCCCCGUCCACCAUGACGGUGAACAUCAACGAUGAGCAGCUGAUCGAUCUGCGCAAUAUCGUGUACCAGUAUCCGCCCGAUGACGAAUUCUACGACUUCCGGGUGUACAUCGAUCGGGAAGGGGUGCUGGUGGUGGAGAACCAGCUCAACGGAGCGGUCGUACAGUACGGACCGGCCGGCAUCGUCAACAUCCUGCUGCCGACCGUACACAAGGGCCAGAUGUGCGGUUUGUGCAGUGAUCGCGACUAGCAGUGAUCGUUCGACUGAGCAAAAACGGGAAACAUCAUCAUCCGUCAACCUCGGCGGCCGUGUGCGCACACGCACACAACGCAACAUUAGGUUACAGUGCAUGUAAGCAUUAGUUUCUUACUUUACGUUAGAAUUUAGUAGAAGGUAAUAAAAAGACUUUUAAUAAAAUUUUAUAUGCAAAACAUGUUAACCAACA